UGUUUCCAAUUAUAAAUAGAACAAGUUCAGCCCGGGACAGACGCCGUAACGGGGACAAUCGUUAACUCCAGCGUCCCAGAGUGAACAGCAUCAGGACGUACGGCUGCAGAACAGCCCACACCCGCACACGGAGGAGCCAGCCCGCUCCCCGGACGGACUUCGCCAUGAGGAUGAUCGAGAGCGUGGACUCGGUGGUGGCCCGGUCCGGAGAAGACCUCUGGGCCGAGAUCUGCGCCUGCCUGCCGCGCCCCGAGCAGAAGGAUGGCACCGACGCCUUCACGGACUCCUUCACGGACUCCUACGCCGAGGCGGGGAGCCAGGGCAGGGGAGCAGAUGCCCCUUCCCAAACCAGUCCGAAGCCCUGGGCGCCCCUGAACGAUUCCGAGGUGUAUUUGGCGUCCCUCGAGAGAAGACUGAUGAGAAUUAAAGGCUUGUCGCAGGAGGUGACCUCCAAGGACAUGCUGCGCACCCUCUCCCAGGCGAAGAAGGAGUGCUGGGACAGGUUCCUGCAGGAGAAGUUAGAGGCUGAAUUGUAUCUAGAGGGACACGACUCUGACGAGAGCACGCUGGAGCACCUCAGGAGGUGGCUGCAGCCUGACAAAGUGGCCAUCAGCACGGAGGAGGUGCAGUGCCUCAUCCCACCCGAGCCCCGGCCCGAGCAGCAGGAGAGCGAGGAGGAGCCGCCGGCCGCCGAGCAGUGAGGUGCCACCAGCCCUGCCACAGGCUGCCUCUUGUCCCAGCCCCCAGGGAGUACCCAGCCAUAGAAAUAACGGGGUGGGGAGGGGGGAGGAAGUGCCAAUUAGUCAUUUAAAAAACCAAAAAAAACCACCCAACACACAAGAAACCCCAGCUCUGGACCUACAGCAACUGCCAUUACGGACAAGAGCGGAACGCCUGUGACACAGAAUAUGCUGAACUGAAAUCUCUCACUUUGAUCUUUUCCCAGCCUGUAGCAACCUGAAUCAUUCCAGCCUGAAUGUGACCUGUUUGUAAUUCAUCAGGAGAUGUAUUAAACAACAACAACCAAAAAAAAGCAGUUCGGGAGCAUCAGAAAACGUAACGGUCUAGAAUAGAACAGAUAAAACCACUGACCCCGACUUUCUUCCUGGCUUGUACCUUUUCUAUGACUCAGUUGGCCAUUAUUUUUUUUUAAUUUAUUUCCUGCAAAGUCCACUGUGGUGUUUCCUUAGAUCUGCACAGUUUAAGUCUGAGCUGUGCCUGGAAGAAGACAGAUAUUUUUCACCUACCUGAAUUUGGAGCCCUAAAGGCAGCCACGGUUGCAGCCAUUAAACCCAUUGACAUUUAACUGUUUCACAUUCCUCUCUGUGUAAAUGUUCCCCCCCACUGUAUUGACCAAACUCUCUGUAAUAGAGUAUGCUGGAGGAGGAGGGUUUUUUCCUUCUUGUUGGUCAUUUUGUACCUGGUUCCUCAUCUCCUUCACCCCUCCAAAAGAGGGUCUGGUGAGAUUCUGUAUCGGGAAGCCAAGAAUGAUGACCAGGGAGGCUACAAAUAACUUGUUUUCGUCACAGACUUGCACAGAAUUAUUUGACUUUAAAUGUGGCUCAGUAUUUAAUUAUUCUUCCAUCCUGUUUAACUGUGGUGAAGGUUUUUCUCCCCCACUACUAACCAAGGAAGGUGUAAUCCUGUGCUUGUAUAGAAGUGGUUCUUCCUGAGCCUGUGCUUUCUGCCUGGGCAGUGAUGCUGCAGUCGGCAGAGGGAGGCAGCGUCCGUCUGCGGAGGGAUGGCAGGGGCUCUGGGAGCUCACUCACCCUGGAUUCAUCCCACCUUCCUCACAGACCUCUAUGGAAACACGUCCUUCAAAGCAGCUUCUUGAUACCUCCUUCCUUGAUACCCCCUUCCUUGAUCCCCGUCUCUGGGCAGCGAUAAACGGUGCUGUUUCCCCGCCGCUGACAGCUGUUAUUCUUCUCCCUUUUUUUUUCCUAAAGCCAUGAGAAAUAGGGUGAAUCACCCGUGUGUCACCGACAGGAGACUCGCGAGUCCUGUGUCUUAUUGGAGGGUGGGUUUUGUCAUCUUUUAAGUGUCCCUUUUAGUUUAUCUCCAAAAAUAAAUCUACUUCCCUGUACAGAUGGGUGCUGUCAGUCUCACCUGUGGUGUUAGGCUGUACCACAGAUGCUGCUGAGUAUUUACCAGAAACAGUACGUACAAAGGGAGAAAGGUGCAAUUUCUCUGCCUGUGCCCAGGCUAUUUUGUAGUCAAUACAUUUACUCCUUGUGAUUAGCCAUGACUGUAAAGAUAGUUUUAAUGGGAAUAGACAAAAUAAUAAAGUAUUGGAGAGAAA